UUGUUGCGUUGUGCUUUUACGCUUACUAUUUACAUGAUUAUGUCAAAUACUAACACUUAAGUUUGCCGAUUGUUUUCAGAUUUCCACUGUAACGUGGUCAGGCAGUGGACGAAGGCGCAUGAGUACUUACACAUGGGCGUUCACCGCUCGAACAGCGAAACGAUGGCGACCGGAAAAGUCGUCGACGAGGUCUUCGCCGACUGGACUUACACGCCGCCGCCGCCGCCGGCAAGCACCAGAACAUCCGACGGCGACCGAUGGCAGUACCUCACCGAUGACGUACUGAUGCAGAUAUUCAAGCACCUCUGCGCGAGAGACCUUCUCCGCUGCGGCGCCACGUGUCGCCACUGGCUGCGCGUCGCGUACGACGAACUCCUCUGGAAGGACCUACUCUACCGCAACUGGAAGAUCGACCGCGGCGUCGCCAUGGCGCCGGGGAAAACGUCGUGGCUGAGUGAGUACCGGCGGCUGCGCUACCACGCGCCGGCGGUCGAAUCGGAGGUCCUUCGCGCGCACACCGAUCAAGUCCUUCACGUGACGUUCUCGCGGGACGGCCGCCGAUUCGCGACCUGCUCCAAGGACGGCUUCGUGAAGCUGUGGGACGCGACGCCGCCCCCCGCUCGCGUCCGCCACAGCCGCGACAUGAAGGCCUACUGCUGGAAGUACACGCAGUUCUCGCAGUUCAACGACGCUGACACGAAGCUCCUCGUCUCCGGCGUUCACUUCGGCUCGCACAGCACGUCGGGCGAGAUCGCCGUGUUUUCGGUCGCCGACGGCGACGACUUCGAGCUGCAGUGCCGCGUCAUCAACCGUCCGUACGACAUCUUCGGAGCGUGGUUCAACGACGAGUACCUGCUCUCGGGGAACCUGCACUGGCUCGGCCACGUCGCGUCCUGCUCGGCCCUGUGGCUGAACCGCGCAUCGCAGGCACCCGAGUCGGAGUGGGAGUGCGUCGUCAAGCGACUCUACAAGUUCUUCAACGUCAACGCGAGCUCGAUACGCACCAUCAUGGUCGCCACGCCGCCGGAGAUGGACGAAAGCGUGACGGCGGAGCGGGAGGAGGAGGAGGAGGGGAUGUCCGUCGCGGAGGCUGCCGCGCGGACGGCCGUCGUCGAGGGCGGGCCGCGACGGCGCCCCCUGGCGGAGGACGCGGCGGCGAGCGAGGCCGAGGUACGGGAGGACCAGAUGAGCGACACGAUCGAGUACGACUCUGAUUACCGGCUCGCAGAGAGCGCCGGCGUCGCCGCGGCGACGGGCGAUGCGGAGGGUGUUGCCGCGGCGACGGGCAAUGUGGAGGACGCGGACAUGCCGCCGGCGCUCGACGCUCGCGACAAGAUCCUGAUCUUCACGACGGGUUCGGAGACGUACACGCCGCACCAGGUCGGCUUCAAGCUGCUGCGCGGCGUGCGCAUGGGCAAGACGCACGCGUGCAGCGUCUCCGAGCGAGGCGUGCGCCUGCUACCGAACGACGGCGACGAGCACGGUCGCCACGACGACCGCGUCUUCGACGACGUCGACCGCCUCGUCGACCUGCACGGACACAUCAUCGGCAUGGCGCUGUCGCCCGACCACCGCUUCCUUUACGUGAACGUGCGCCGCUGGCCCGAGGGCUACGUCGUCGAAAACCCGCUCGAUCCGCCGCCGAUCGCGCAGGAGAUCGACAUCAGCGUGAUCGACCUGCGCACGCUGCGUCGCGUCGGAACGACGCACCGCGCGCACAAGGCGUACACGCCGAACAACGAGUGCUUCUUCAUCUUCCUCGACGUGUGCGGAGAGUUCGUCGCGAGCGGGGCGGAGAAUCGCUGCGGCUACGCGUGGGACCGGCACUACGGCGUCUGCGUCGGCCGCUUCCCGCACACCGACGUCGUGAACUGCGUCGCGUUCAGCCCCGCGGACAGCGAGGUGCUGCUGACGGCUAGCGACGACGCGCUCGUGAAGGUGUGGCGCUCGCGCAAUCGCCAGCGCGAGGUGCAAGAGGAGGCGGCAGCGCGGGGAGAGGGGGAGGAGGCACGGGGGGAGGAGGGAGAGUCGUUGGUAGUGCGGGAGGGUGAAGAUACCCAUUAG